CUGAAGAAGUUAUAUAAGGAAAAAAAAAGUCCAUAGGAAAAUCAAAAGAAAGUUGUUAUAGAGAGAGCGAUUAGAGAGAGAUUAGAGAGCGACUAGUGAGAGAGAAAGAAGUGGGGCAAAGUGCAGAAGAAGGCCACAGCAGCUAGGAGAAUAAUCCCAAAAAGCGUUUCUAUUGAUUCUUCGUGGUCAUUUGCAUCCCAGAACUGAAGAACACCCAAGAAAUCUGGGUGGAAAGUUUCCACCUUAUCAUUAUAGAGACGAACUGGGUUUUUCAUGUGAGAUUGGAGAUGAUCAAUACCACACAGUUACUCAGAUAAGGCUAAAAUUAUGUACCAGCUUGAAAUUGAUCCAAUUUACUGUCUGGAGGGACUCAUAAAGAAGUUGACCAACAGAGUCACCGGUGCUUAGAUAAGGGAUGUGCUUUCAGAUACUUUGCAAACAUGUUGGUGGAAACUUUGUUCAGCUCUUCCCUUGAAACUAGUCUACUGAACACAUCCGAAUAUCAAGACCCAUUUCCUGCAAAUGAUUGGAUGUCGUCGCUUGCUGUAACUUAUCACAUGAUCCACAAACUUCCCGAACACUCUCAAGUAAGCUUUCUUGUUGCUGUUCCUGAUGCAAUGGAUCUUAAUGAAUCAGAAGAACAUCCAAAACUUCAAGUAAGUUGUCCUGAGCAAAAUGUUAUGCAUAAGGUACCGGAAAAGGUCCUGACUUCUCUUGUGUAUAGUCGAAGAAAGAGGAGUGUGGUACCUGAGGAACAUAACCUAGGAAAAUGCAAGAAACAGGAUGAUUCAUUUGAUGACUCUAUUGUCCCAGUUUAUAACCCUGGAGAAAGCACAAAAAGGAAAAAUCGCUUCAACAACUGCCUUGUCUAUAGCCGAAAGAAAAAGAGAGGCGAAACUAUAAGAAGGGCUGAUGGGAUUGAUGAUGCUGUUGUCUCUGGGCACAACUGUGGAGAAACCAAGAGAAGAGACAAUCAAUUAGAUCUUUGUCUCAUGUACAGCCGCAGAAAGAAAGGUGGAGUAAAGUCUAACAGUUGUGGCGGGGAUCAAGCUGACUCUUUUGAAUCUAGCCAAAGGGAGCAGAUAGUUAAAGCUGAUGGGGGCUUUACUGGAUCUAACCCUGUAGAAGUCAAGAAUAGUGGUCAUCGACAUCUUUACAGCCAAAGUAACCCGUUGGUGAAAUCUAAUGGCAGUUUUGCUGAAUGUCACACUUGGGGAACCAAGAGAACUGGUGAUGCAUCUGAUGGCUUGCUUAUGUAUAGCCGGAGGAAGCUGAGAGGGAAAUCUAUUGGUGCCCAUAUUGAUGGCUUUCUAGUGUAUAGGCGGAAGAAAACCAAAGCAAAUAGUAUUUCUCAUGCUGAACAAGCGUGCAGAUCUCUGGAACUUAGAUCUGUUGGUGCUCGGGUUAAUGGCUUUCUAGUGUAUACGCGGAAGAAGCCUAAACUAAAUAGUAUUUCUCGUGGUAAACAACUAUCUUCUUCUGAUGGAACAAAUGACAGCUGCUCUUCACAAUCCAGCUCUCAACUUGCUUCAGGUUCCAGUAAAAAUGGAGAAAAUGAAGCUACAGAUUGCGAUUCCUCUGAUACAGACGGUAGUAUCAGCCCUUUCAGACAAUGCAAACGUUGUGAUAAGGCAGGAAUUGUGGAGAAGAUGUUAAUUUGUGAUGAAUGUGAAGAAGCAUACCAUCCAAGGUGCUGCCGUGUUCGAGUGAAAGAAGCUGCGGAGAUGGAUGACUGGGUCUGUCGAUCCUGUUUGAAAAAGAAGCCAUCAAAGACAAAGAUUAAGGGGAGAUCACGGGAACGGAAAUGGAGAGUUAGAGGACCAUUUGUGAUUAGAAUUCGAGUAGGAAAAGAGUUUCAAGCAGAUGUUCCAGACUGGUCAGGUCCAAUCAUGAGCAGUGAUACUUCUUUUCUUGGUGCGCCCUUGGUGAUUGAUGAGUCAGAAUAUAUGCAUGAUCUCAAGGUGGUCAAGAAUGGUAAGAAACCACAGUCUGCAGAAAAUUGGCUCCAAUGCAGAGAGGAGGAUAGAAAUGGUGAUAUAUGCGGAAAGUGGCGUAGGGCUCCUCGCUCAGAGGUACAGACCAACAAGUGGGAAUGCUUCUGCUCCGUCUUUUGGGAUCCAUUGCAUGCUGAUUGUGCCGUCCCUCAGGAACUGGAAACAGAUGAGAUUAUGCAACAACUCAAGUACAUCAACAUGCUUAGACCGCGUUCAGACGCCAAAACACGAAAGAUAGGACCAAAGGGGCGAAGCGGAUCACAAAAAUGAAAAUAUUGAUGGACGCAAGCUUAGCCAACAUCAAUUGCAUAUGCUUUUGCAUCAGACUCUAGAAAGGUAGUUCAGAAAAUUUUGUUAAACGCAAAUGAGUUUUGUACCAAUUGCGAAACUUCAGGAUGCUGAGAUGCUCUAUAAAAGAUUGAUCAGGUUCGGGUUUUUGUUAGCUCCCAAAACAGUAGUGGGUGAAUAGAUCUUUUGUGUUCGGGGGCAGGCUCUGGAUUAAAAUCUGAGAAUUAUUUUCAAAGUGAUAAAGCCUUGUAAAGCAUUCUGCUGAGUGUAGAUUCAUUCAUAUAAGUAAAUGAGUAUUACAUUCAAA